UAAAUUUCUAGGGUGAAGGCCGUUUGGCCACACACAAACAAGAAGCAUGGCGGCCUCAGCAGGAAAGAAAUGUCCUAUGGUUAUUUUGGCAGGGAAUUCUCAUCCGGAGCUUGCGCAGCUGAUCGCAAGUCGGAUGGGAGUUCGACUUGGGGACAUGACAGUUUACCACAAAUCUAAUAGAGAAACAAAUGUUGAAAUCAAAGAAUCAGUACGAGGAAAAGAUGUGUACAUCAUUCAGACUGGUACCAAGGAUGUUAACAAUGAUGUGAUGGAACUCCUCAUCAUCUCCUACGCCUGUAAGACUAGCUGUGCUAGCACCAUUGUGGGCGUUGUUCCAUAUAUACCCUACUCAAAACAGAGCAAAAUGAGAAAAAGAGGCUCGGUGGUAUGCAAACUCAUGGCAACCAUGUUUGGAAAAGCAGGUUUAACACAUAUUAUCACUAUGGAUCUACACCAGAAGGAAAUCCAGGGCUUUUUUGACAUCCCAGUCGAGAACCUCAGGGCCUCGCCCUUCCUCAUUGACUACAUUGAGCAAUCUAUACCAGAUUACAGAAAUGCCAUAAUAGUUGCUAGAAAUCCUAAUUCUGUUAAGCGAGCUACCUCCUAUGCUGAGCGGCUACACUUGGGGAUUGCUGUGAUACAUGGAGAUGACAAGGUCACGGAAACAGACUCGGAGGACGGACGAAACUCACCACCAAUACAAAGACAGGCACACCAUAAAAUGGAAUUUGGUCUUGAAAUUUUACCAGUGCUAUUGCCAAAGGAAAAACCGCCUUUAAAUGUUGUGGGAGAUGUUGGAGGAAGAAUAGCUAUAAUAGUGGAUGACAUGAUCGAUGAUGUGAAAUCCUAUGUUAACAUCGCUGAGGUGCUGAAAGACCGAGGGGCAUACAAAGUAUACGUAAUGGCUACACAUGGGCUGCUGUCGUCGGACGCUCCCCGCUUAUUGGACGACUCUUGUAUAGAUGAGGUUGUUGUGACUAACACGGUUCCCCACGAGGUCCAGAAGAUGCAGUGCCAUAAGAUCCGGACCGUGGACAUCAGUGUGAUGCUAGUGGAGGCAAUCCGUCGGAUACACAACAACGAAUCCAUGUCUUAUCUGUUCCGAAAUAUAGGCAUGGAAGACUGAUAUCUCUCUCACUGCUCUCUCCAACACUAACAGUACCACAAAGUAAAUCACUCAUAUUUCCCUCAGUAGACAAGCCUGAAAUUCUUCCAUCCCCUCUCAGUCUGUCUUAAGAGACGAAAGUCGUCCCCAGUCUCUAGUAGAUACUGGGAUACCCUUUAAGAUUUCUAGUCAGGAGUUUUCCUCUGAGUUUUGAAUAAAUAGUCAGAGGUUCUCUCAGGGUACAUACUCGUAAUAUAAUUUUGUUCUCUCAUUUUCUAUAGCAGAGUCUAGGGUUUUCUAGUCACGAAAAAUCCUCAUUCUGCGUAUUAAAGUAAAGAUUUCAAAACUUGCACAGAAUUUUCUAGGUGAGCUGUACUAGUUACUUUUUUGACAAUCUAUAUAUUUGAGGAAAUACAAGUGAUUUACAUAAUUUACUAAUAGGUUACUUUAUUAUUGAUCACCUCCUUAGUGACCUGUGGUUGUGUGAAGAGUUGUAACUUAGAUCUGUAACCAUUGGUUACAGAUAGAGUUGCUUGUGACUCAAGAUAACAAAAAUAACUGAUUCUAUCUUUAUACAGGUAAUAAAAACAAUAAAAAAAAAAAACCCAAAAAUUGUAUAUGUUGAACGAAGAUUUCUUGAUUUCACAAAGAGUACAUAAAUACCCAUCCAAAUUUGUGUGUGGAUUUUCCACAGUGACCACAUGUCAUGGAGGAGUCCCAUUCCUAUGUUGAUAUGGAGAGCAUGUUGUUUAAUUGUUCCCUUUUGUUCAUUCCUUAUUUCGGGUAUUGAUUUCAAACGUGUAAAAUGAACACUUGUUGUAGUUUGCUUGCUUUCAUAUACUGAAAUUUGUAGAUACACGUAUCUUAAGACUUUUAUCUUAAUAAAAUAUCAACCAUUUAUGUACACAUAGGGUUUUUAAUGUAUUUAUUAUAUGAAAGGGGUGAUAACUGUUCAUGUUAAAAGUACAUUUCAUAAGAGAAUAUAAAGUCAUUUCAGAUAAAUAGCACUGUUCAUCUAUUGUACUGUGAAACUUGGGCAUCAGUUAUCAUCAGACAGGUAAACCAGGGGGUCAGUUAAUCAUUAGACAGGUAAACCAGGGGGUCAGUUAAUCAUCAGACGGGUAAACCAGGGGGUCAGUUAAUCAUCAGACAGGUAACCCAGGGGGUCAGUUAAUCAUCAGACAGGUAAACCAGGGGGUCAGUUAAUCAUCAGACAGGUAAAUCAGGGGUCAGUUAAUCAUCAGACAGGUAACCAGGGGGUCAGUUAUCCAUCAGACAGGUAACCCAGCGGGUCAGUUAAUCAUCAGACAGGUAACCCAGGGGGUCAGUUAACCAUCAGACAGGUAAACCAGGGAGUCAGUUAAUCAUCAGACAGGUAACCCAGGUGGUCAGUUAAUCAUCAGACAGGUAACCAAGGGAUCAGUUAAUCAUCCGACAGGUAAACCAGGGGAUCAGUUAAUCAUCAGACAGGUAACCCAGGGAUCAGUUAAUCAUCAGACAGGUAACCAAGGGAUCAGUUAAUCAUCGGACAGGUAACCCAGGGGGUCAGUUAAUCAUCAGACAGGUAACCCAGGGGGUCAGUUAAUCAUCAAUACAUUUAAGGAAGAUUAUUCGUGCUUAUAGAGGUUUUCCAGACAGGAUUUUGAUGUUGGUAGAUUUUGAGUUAAUGACUGUAGGCUUGUCCUCUCUUGAGAUCAGCUGAUAUUUCAGACGAACUGUCUUGCUCUGGGAGAAACCUCAUAGGAAUAACUUUCAUAUUUGUUUAUAUUAUAUGGUAGAAAAAUAAAAUGUCUGUCGUAUUUGUAAUGCAGUGUGAUGGUAUUCACCAUGUUUCACAGUACAAAUCAGUGUCAUUGAAAUAUUGCAGAUUAUAUAAUGUUAUUUUGGUAUUUAAAGACUAAUAUUAUCAUAUUUUUGGCAUAAUAGCAGAUCUAACAAUAUUUUGGUUGCAGAAAUAUUUUUGUAUGUUACAAAAUUAAUGCAUAAAACAAAACCUGUUAUAAUGUACAACUGGAGUGAAAUAUAUGUAUAUAGAGGGCACAUUGGCUGUGUAUAAUGUAUAGCAACUAGAGCAUAGUAAGUCUUUUGUGAAUAUAGUUGAAAUGUUUUUCAAUAAUCAUGCCAUCCUUUUGGAGUGUGUCAUGGCAGCUGCAAGGAGAGUAUGUUGUGAUUUGGGUGAAAUAUCUUUGCUUGGAACUUUUAUCAUUUGCAAAUAGUUUGUAAUGUUUCACCUGUUGCAAUUAUGUGGCUAGCGUUAUACUAUGAAUACGACAAAUCUGAUAAUUUGCUUAGUGUUGUAGUAAUAUAUGAUUCCGUCGGAUCUUGAUGAAAUGACAUGACAAUCUUUCUAAAUAAUUGCAAAAAUUCUUGAUCAUGUGAUAAAGUUAUAUCUUAACUUGGUUUCUAUUUCUUAUCAAAUUACUGUAACUCAUUCUUUUUUCAUUUAAAUUGGGAGAGACUCCCUUAAAUGAAAAAAAAAUCAUAAAUCAUAAAUCAAAUAUGAUAUGGAAACUUGUAUGAGGAUAUAGGUAUGUAUAGAUUUUUGGUUUUACAAAUAUUUUCAUUUUGGAAUGUAACGAUAUUAUAAGACUGACUUUAUAUUGCAGAAACUCAUUUUUUAUGUUAUAUCAACAGUGUUGGGCACACUGAAUCCUUCUUUAAAGUUAGGGUAACUCAUAAAAGUGUUUGAUGAAUCAGCGUUACAGAACUGAAGUUAUGAUGUACAAUGACCAUAACUUAAGACCUCCACAUCUGCGAGUCUGUGUAGGGUUCUUCAAUAGAGAAACACAAGACUAAGAACAUAACAGGACAUACAGAUGAAGUGGUUGAUGAUUGAAGGUUCUCAAUUGUUUGACUUCUACAUAGUUUACUCUCAAUAAUAUUUUCUAGUGAAGUCUAUUCUAGACUCAAUAUUUUCUAGUGAAGUCUAUGCUAGACUCAAUAUUUUCUAGUGAAGUCUAUGCUAGACUCAAUAUUUUCUAGUGAAGUCUAUUCUAGAACCUUAACCCAAGGGCCAUUCUGGUUACAAAAUACUCCAACCUCCUUGGAGUUUGUGAGAUCAGUUUUAGGGUUAUUUUAUAUAUACCAUCUUGUUGAAAUAAUUAGUAACCCUUGGUAGAUUCCUCUAUUGAAUCUAGCAACUUUGUACAUCUACGUAGUGCACAUUAUUUCUAAACAUUUUCUUCAAGUUGGAAAGUACGGUUUUUGUAAGGAGUUUGUUACACAACCAAUUAAUGUUUGUAUGUGACGUUUCAAUGACUAGUACGGUAUGAACACUCACAUUUAUCAAACAAAUGACCAGUGCAGCAUGUGUCCACAAAGGUGUAAAAGGUGUACGAGUUAUCUUCGAAAUUUGAAUUAUGUACACGGUCACCUUCAUCAGAUAAAUGACCAAGUGCACCAUGUUUACAUUAGAGUAUAAAACGUGUACGUGUUGUCUUUAAAAGUGGAAGAUCAAUGUUGACCGUGCAUAUUAACUAUUGGAAAUUGUUUAUUCAAUGUCUAUAGGCUUUUGUUUGCAAAUACAAUUGUUUAAAUACUGGUUACAUUGCAGGAAAAUUAAAAUAUUUACAGUGGCAUAACUGGGACCUGUAGAUAAAAAGGUUUUUUUUUUUGUAUGUAGAGAAAUUCUAGCUGUUGUAUCUUAGUCAAAAGGUACAUGUACUGCAUAGUCAUAGAUUCCAAGCUAUUAUUUAAUAUUGAAAAUGCCCUCAGCUAUUGCUUAGGAUGACUAAGCUAUUAUUUAGGAUGCCAUCAGCUAUUGUUGAGGGUGGCCUAAGCUAUUGUUUAGGUUACCCUUAGCUGUUGUUUAGGAUGGCCUAAGCUAUUGUUUAGGAUGCCCUCGGCUAUUGUUGAGGGUGGCCUAAGCUAUUGUUUAGGUUACCCUCAGCUGUUGUUUAGGAUGGCCUAAGCUAUUGUUUAGGAUGCCCUCAGCUAUUGUUAAGGAUGGCCUAAGCUAUUGUUUAGGAUGCCCUCGGCUAUUGUUGAGGAUGGCCUAAGCUAUUGUUUAGGCUACCCUCAGCUAUUGUUGAGGGUGGCCUAAGCUAUUGUUUAGGUUACCCUCAGCUGUUGUUUAGGAUGGCCUAAGCUAUUGUUUAGGAUGCCCUCAGCUGUUGUUAAGGAUGGCCUAAGCUAUUGUUUAGGAUGCCCUCGGCUAUUGUUGAGGGUGGCCUAAGCUAUUGUUUAGGUUACCCUCAGCUGUUGUUUAGGAUGGCCUAAGCUAUUGUUUAGGUUACCCUCAGCUGUUGUUUAGGAUGGCCUAAGCUAUUAUUUAGGAUGCCAUCAGCUAUUGUUGAGGGUGGCCUACACUAUUGUUUAGGUUACUCUCAGCUGUUGUUUAGGAUGGCCUAAGCUAUUGUUUAGGUUACCCUCAGCUGUUGUUUAGGAUGGCCGUAGCUAUUUUUUAGGAUGCCCUCGGCUAUCGUUGAGGAUGCAACCAUACACUGUCAGACUUUGUAGUAACGAAAAGCGCUACUAUGAUAUUAUUUGUUUUCGUUAUGACAGGAUGUCCUGGAUACUAUUAAUACACCACUAAUAAGUUACCUGCCCUUUAAUAACCACAUAUAUACAGACCUUACCACAAUUCCCCACCUCUGAGAGAAUAUAAUCUCAUUUUAAUAAACUACUAGAGAACGGAUUUGUUUUCAGUCUACUAACUAAGUUUGAAUAUUUACUACAAUCUCAUUUUGUUUGUCUUUCAUUAUGAACAUAUACUUUUUGGCAUUUAACAGGGUAGGUGAACCUAGUUUGACACAGAUCUGUGUUUCAAAUUUGUCGGAUAAGAGUUACAGAUCUGUACAAUAAGGACAUUGGAUUAUGAAGAUGACCGAUACAUAUUGAGGAUACUGAUUCAUAUUUAAAAUAAUGAAGGAUGGUUUAGUGAAGGAGACAUGUUUUAGUCAAAGAUAGAUGUUCAUGUCUUUUGAGAGGUGUUUUUGUAAUGUUGAUAUGUUUGAAUCUGAGACAAGUGUUUUGGUCAUGGAGACAAACAUUUGAGUUAGUGAUACAUGAUUUAGUCAGAGGGACAGACAUUUGAGUCAGUGAUAUGAUUUAGUCAGGGAGACAGACAUUUAAGUCUGUGACACAUGAGCCUGUGACACAUGUUUUAGUCAGGGGGACAAUUAUUUGAGAUACACCUGCUUUAGGCAAGGAGACAGAAACUUAAGUCAAUACACAAGUUUUAGUCCGGUAGACAGACAUUCGAGCUGAGACACUUUGUAUAGUCAGGGAGAAGUUGGAGACAUUUGUUUUAGUCAGGUAGACAGACAUUUGAGUCUGAUACACAUGGUAUAGUCAUGGAGACAGAAGCUUAAGUUUGAUACUUGUACACAUGUUUUAGUCAGGUAGACCGACAUUGAGUAUAGAGACAGAUUUUUUAGUUGGGAGACUGUUGUUUUAAUUAGGGAGACUCAUUUGAGUCCGAGACGCAUGGUAUAGUCAGGGAGACAGAUUUUUUAGUUGGAGACCGACAUAUGAGUUUCAGACAGACUUUAGUCAAGGAGACAGACAUUGGAGAGGGAUACGCAAGUCUUGGAGACAGAUAUUUUUGUCAGGGAGACGGACGUUUUAGUCCGAGAGACAAGUUUUAGUCAGGGGAUACAGGAUAAAAGGUCUAGUUUACUAGGUAAUCACUUAACUGACCGACAGUAAUGGAAACUUCUCAAACAUUAAUGUCCUUCAUUGAAUUUUAUGCUUUAAUUGCUUGUAGUAACUGUGAUCUUUUGUUUACAAGAAUUUCUUGUACCCAAGUUUUCAGAUCAGUGCUAAUUGAUGUGUUGAAAUCAGAUUGUUGACAUUGGGUGGUAGGACACUCGAGUUGCAGUAUACAUACCCAGACUUUAUUGACAGGGGUGAUCGAGUUUAUUGUUGUUUGUUUUAUUGUUUAUCGUGUUAAUAUAACGAUGGUUUUUGUGUGUCAUGUUGUAAGAUUAUUUUGAGACUCAUGGUGAAAUGCCUUGAUAUUUUAAGUAUGGUCAUUCAUAGUCAAUAUGAAUGACAUAGUUGUUUAUUAUAUUGAAGAAAUAUAUUUAUAUAAUGUAAUGAAAAUAUCAGUUUUGGAUAAUAUAUAGCUGAAUGCAUGUGUUUAACAUGAGUCUUGACCAUGGUGAUUUGGCAGACAUUUGUUUCUCAUAAGAAAUAGGAUGAUCAUGGUUCACAUUAUCUGGAAUUAUUAGUAUUGAUUCACUCAUGUUGAGCUUCACACCAGGACCAUGAAACAAUCUUUAAACACCCAGUUCAAAAAAUUAAAUGUUGAAAAUAUCAAGUAUUCUAAAUACUUCAAAAAUUUGAUGUACCAAUUUGAAAUAAAAUAUGCACAUCAAAUGUAAACACAUAUUUUGAUAUUGAACUUUAAACAAUCUAUUUUAGACAAUCAAGAUUUUGAUGGCCCUGGUGUCUGCUACCCAGGUAUAUGUACUCUAAACAAAACUUCAGCUUUAAUAAAAAUUGAAAGAUUCAUUAUAAAAUGUAUUGAUGGUUAGUCAUGGAAUGGUAUGGCACUAUGUAAUGAGAGAAUGAAAUAAAAGCAAUCAUUGUUCUU